AUGUCUAUCCAGUAUAUAUCAGGCCGAUUUCUUUUAAUUCAAGAAAAGACAAAUGGAGCAGAAGAGAACACGGCACGAUUGGCCAUAACCAACCAGUCAUCAAUUUAUGCAAACUUGAACUCUUCAUAUGCUGUUGAUGGCAGACGUGACACGUGGGCUCAUACUAACACAGAGACUGACCCGUGGUGGAGAGUAGAUCUGUUAAAAGUAUAUAAAGUGAACAGAGUGGUCAUCACCAACAGAGAUAGUUACUUUUAUUUCCGGAUAAAUGGGGCAGUGAUUCGUGUUGGAAACUUUUCUGAAGACUUUUACAGUAACCCCAUAUGUGCUACCAUUGUUACGAUUCCACCUGGUGCCAAUGAGACUUUCUAUUGUGCUGGAAUGAAGGGACGUUAUGUUCAUGUGCAUAUUCCUGGAGAUCAGCACAUUCUUACCCUUAAUGAAGUUGAAGUCUAUGGGUUUUUGGCAGGUAAUUUGGCAACAGAUGGAGUCGCUACGCAAUCCUCAACAUUUCAAGACUGGUUUGCUGAAAAGGGUAUUGAUGGUAAUCGAGGUCUCUUACAGCAGUUUACUGGAUGCACACAAACCGUUUCUGAGAGUAAUCCAUGGUGGAGAUUGGAUCUGCGUGAUGUUUACUGUAUCAACAGUGUUGUCAUCACUAGCAGAUUUGACUGCUGUCCAGAAGAAAUUAACGGAGCAGAGAUUCACAUCGGAAACUCUUUAGAGAACAACGGCAACAACAAUCCACUAUGUGCUGUUAUUUCUGGUAUUUCUGCAGGUAAAUCCUUCAUCUACUCAUGUGGUGGGAUGGUAGGACGUUAUGUCAAUGUGUUUCUUCCUGGAGAUGUCAAGAUUCUUACUCUGUGUGAAGUGGAGGUUUAUAGAGAAGAUCCAUGUAAACAAAGAGCCGCUGUGAAGAUGCAGUUUAGCUCCAGCUCGGAUUUGACUGACGUUACAAUGAGAGACAAAAUACUUCAACAGUUGGGAUCUCUUCUGGCUAGCAGAUUACUUAUAAAUGUCCAAAUGCAGUGGACUCAACCCCCUAAACAGAAAAUAAUGAAGGUGGAUGAAAAACGUUCGUGUGAGAAAAAAUACCCUUGACAUUAAACCUGUCUUUGAUUCAGCUCGUUUGUUUAUGAAAAAACUAACUUUUUGGUUUAGUCAAAUAUAUUAAAUUAACCCUCUUAAUUUCUAAAUAGUAACAUUAAAAUUUAUUGAGAACUAGAUUUUCCUAAGUAAAAUGAUAAUGAAUACACAAUUAAUUCAUGUACAAAAUAAACUGUUUGGGAAUGGUGAGUCAUAUUAUAGAUUUUAUAGUCAGAUGGAUGGCCGAAAUGCAUCAGUGUGCACUGCAGUGUUUAAGUCAUUAUUUGAAUGUUUUCUAAGUUAGCCAUGUUUUUAAUAAAGG